GCCCGCCGCGCACGCGCAGAGGCGCCGUGACUAAGAUGGAGGGGUUGCAGUCGCCGCGCUUGUCGUUGUCGGGCCCGUCGCCGUUUUGGGCCGGGGGUCCCGCCCCGGGGCAAACCUACAUCCCCGGCGGCACCGGGAUAGGGCCCUGCGCCGGGACACUGCCCUUCGCCCGCACGCUGAGCCCGAUGGUGACGGGCACGUCGGUGCUGGGGGUGAGGUUCGAGGGGGGGGUGAUGUUGGCCGCAGACACCGUGGGCUCCUACGGGUCCCUGGCCCGGUUCCGGGGCAUCUCCCGCCUCCUGAGGGUCAACGACUGCACCGUCCUGGGGGCCUCGGGGGACUACGCCGACUUCCAGUACCUGCAGCAGGUCAUCGACCAGAUGGUGAUCGACGAGGAGCUGCUGGGGGACGGGCACACCUACAGCCCCCGGGCCAUCCACUCCUGGCUCACCAGGGUCAUGUACAACCGGCGCUCCAAGAUCAACCCCCUCUGGAACACCCUCGUCAUCGGAGGCUGCUCCGGAGGCCAGGGGUUCCUGGGAUACGUGGACAUGCUGGGAGUGGCCUACGAGGCGCCGACGUUGGCCACGGGGUUCGGGGCCUACCUGGCUCAGCCCCUGAUGAGGGAGGUCCUGGAGAAGAAGCAGAGCCUGUCCCAGGAGGAGGCCCGGGAUCUCCUGGAGCGCUGCCUGCGGAUCCUCUACUACAGGGACGCCAGAUCCUUCAACAGGUAUGAACUGGCCACCGUGACGGAGAAGGGGGUGCAGGUGGAGGGACCCCUGACCCUGGAAGCCAACUGGGACAUCGCCCACGUGGUCAGCGGCUUCGAGUGAACUCCGGGAGCUGCUCCAGGUCGUCGUGUCCACCCUUUGUAUCCCACCUUGUUCCUUUGGGAAUAUCCCAUCCCAUGUUUUUGGGAAUAAAAACCAAGACCUUU